AUGAGUUUACCCUCAGGAUCCUCUAUGGAUCUAAACCUCAUCCCGGCGGGACCUCCACCGCCUGGAGAGGUUCCUGUCAUCGGUGGUGGACCGUCACUCGGCACAACGACUAUUGCUCUCGAGUGUGUCAUGAUGGCCAUCGCAGCGACAGCCGUCCUCUGUCGAGUUAUCUCGAGCUAUCCCGUGCGAGGUCGUCGCUCAUCCGGGCUUGGUGUGGCCGAUUAUGCCUCUCUGGCUGCGAUGCUGCUUGCGAUUGCUCAAUCCUCUCUCGUCAUUUCGCUCCACGACUACGAGCGCCACCAGUGGAACAUUUCUGUUGGUUCGCUAACUAGCAGCUACUUUAAGAGAGGCUUUGCCCAGAACCUGAUCGCCUGGCCGAGUAUUUUUUGCGCUAAACUGGCUAUCCUUCUCCUCUACCUUCGCAUCUUCCGAGUCAAACAUUCUCUGAGAUGGGCAGUAUACGGGGGGGCGGCAUGGGCAGCGCUUGCUUAUCUUCCCAAUAUUGCCGUUGCCACCUAUUUCUGUGCUGCUCACCCUGGUGAACCAUGGGGCUUCAACGUUGGCAUGCGAUGCUCGCAAAAGGGGCCACUGAAAUGGCUUGUUGUAUCAGCAACCAUGUCAGUGAUACUGGACCUCUAUAUAUUCGCAGUUCCAAUUCCUAUUGUGAUGUCUUUGAAGAUGAGCAAUAAGAAAAGACUAGGGGUCCUCCUUAUCUUUUUUACUGCAUUUUUGGCUUGUAUUUGUGCUAUUCUAACCCUGGUGUACCGUGUUCGCCUCCUCCAAACAACAGAUUCACUAUGGCUUAGUGCACAGCUCUUCAUCUGCAAUGCCGUCGAGAAUUAUAUCGCGAUCAUCGUGGGCUCUAUUCCUGGGUGCAAUACAUACUACAAGUCAUACAUUAUGGAGUCACCACUGCUUAACCGGAUGUCUUCCUACUUCACAGGCAGCAGAGGCCCUAAGAGCGAGAGUUCUAAUACAUACCCGUCAAAAGGCUCUUACCGGCUGAAGGAUUCCAGCAGCAAUAACGAGUCCAUGAACACUCUCCAGCCCGUCCAGCCUAGUCAAGCUACAUUAAGUCGAAGCACACAGAGACUAGAUUAG